GGAUUUUAACCUCACCAAAGGAGGGAACUGUGGGUGUCUCUCCUCUUUCAACUCCUCUCUCUCAACCCACUCUUCUUACCCCUAAAAAUCCAACAAUAUCAAAAGAAAACCGAAGGAAGUUCAAAAGCUCAUGGAUUUGACAAAGGAGAAAAUGAAACUCCUCGCUGAAGAUGAGAGCUUUGUGCAUAAAAAAAAAGGUGAGAAUACACAUUGCGGGUGACCUAGAACUCUUGAAUCCACCUCUCAUGGAUGCAACUAAGAGGCUGAUAAAGGUGACUACUGGUUACUCUAAGGUUGUGCUCACCAUCUGUAUUGCUUACACUUCCAGCAAUGAAAUUGUUCAUGCUGUUCGAGAAUCUUAUGAAGAAAAAUGCAAUCCAAUAGAAGAUCAAACCAAGGAUGUGAGUUUAGAUUUGGUUGACAUUGAAAAACCUAUGUACAUGGCUAUUACACUGGAUCCUGAUAUUGUGAUUCGGAUGUCAGGGGAGAGUCGCCUGAGCAAUUUUCUACUAUGGCAGAGUUGUAGCAGCUAGUUGGUUUCCACGACUACACUUUGGCCGAAGACUGGUUUUUGGCAUUUGGUAUGGGCAGUCUUGGAUUUCCAGAGAAAUCACAUUUACUUGGAGAAGAAAAAGAAGCAAAUGUAACUUUUGUUAGUGCUCACCGUAAAAUGACAUUUGCAAUGUAACUCUAAGUUAGCACUUGGUUAUCCUUUUUGUUAGUUUAGCUCCUUUACUUAAGGAACCAUGUCUCUAGAUAUUUUAUACAUGUAAGGUGUUUGAUGGAUUAGGUGGAGUUGUUAGAACAAAUCUACUAUUGGCAC